AUGCAGCAGCAAAUUAUUCCCUCAAGUUGCAAAGCAACUCCUACCAAAUACACGCAUAACUCCUUUUCGCAUCUUUUACAACACACAUUAUCCUUCAAGUUAAUUACUUUAAUCUCUUUAAUCUUUUUAUCAGUAUUAAUCGAAGCUGCUCCAGUACCAAAUACUCUUGGUGCCAUUACAUCAAUCCCUAAUUUAAUAAGCUUUGCUAAUUACGCUGCUGCUGCUUAUGUUAAGGUUCCUCUUCAAAAUUGGGACUGUGGAGAAGUCUGUCUGGCAACUAAGGGUACCCAAUUAGUUAAAGAUUUUAACAACCCUCGGCUUAAUACAAGGGGUUACAUAGCCAAGGAUCCAGAAAAAAAAUUAAUCGUCGUAGCAUUUAGAGGAACGGUACCAGGAAGUAUUAAAAAUUACAUUUCUGACUUUAUCAUUUAUCACGACGCUUGGGAAGGUUCACCUGGUUUGGUACACCAUGGAUUUCUUAAUGCUUGGGAACAAAUUCAACCCCAAGUUACCGAUGAUCUUUUAAAAUUAAUCCGAGAAAAUCCCGAUUUCAGUGUCGGAUUUACGGGUCACAGUUUAGGAGCUGCACUUACUACAUUUGCGGCAUUAGAUGCUAUGCAUAAAGCGCCAGAAUUAGCUAAAAAUGAAAAAAUGUUUAUUUCUACAUUUGGUCAACCAAGAGUGGGUGAUGAAAAAUUUGCUAAAUUUGUUGAUGAGAACAUAAAAGCAGUAAGAACUAUAGUUCGUGGUGAUCCAAUUACUCGUUUGCCUCCAACAUGGCCAAUUCCAUUUAUUGGGUCCUAUAGACAUUUUGGUGAAGAAUUAUAUAUAAAUAAUCCUGAUCAAGAUCCAGCUGCCUUUAUUGAAUGUAGAGCUGAAGAUCCACAAUGUUCUGAAUCGGUAUCUCUUGGUCAGUUAAGCCUAAAGUAUCAUUCGGGUCCCUAUUAUGGUGUUAAUAUGAGAGAUGCUAAUAGAGGGCCCAAUGAUGAAGAUGAUGAAAAUUACGAUUACUCAGCUGAUCCUUAUUUCAAUUAUGACCCAAAUUACAAUUAUGGGGGAGCUAUGGGAGUUAACGGUAUUGAUGGUGCUAAGGGAGUUAACGGUACUAAGGAAGUUAACGCUACUAAGGAAGUUAACGGUACCAAGGGAGUUAACGGAGUUGACAGAGCUAAAGGUUAUAGAUAG